GCUAUGGCAGGCAUCCAGGUCGCAGUGCUGUGCCUGCUGCUGGCUGUGCAGCUGCAGCUGGUGGAGCCACGGGCGCUGCGGUUGAGCUCGCGGAUUCAAGGCCGCGUCAUCGGCGGCUCCAAAGCCAGCAUCGACGACUACCCGUGGACUCUGGCCCUCAUGUAUGGUGGCUACCAUCAGUGCGGCGCCUCCAUAAUCGGAACCCAGUGGGCCCUGACGGCCGCCCACUGCGUCAGCUCUUACAAGACGCCGUACCAGUCGCUGUACACCGUGCGCGCCGGAUCCUCCAGCCGCAUCAGCGGGGGCACAGUGUUGGACGUUGCCGAAGUCUACGAACACGAACAACACAACAGCUUCUCUGGUGACUAUGACAUCACGGUCUUGCGGAUUGACGGUUCAUUUCCUCUGGGCGCCAAAAUUUCAGUCAUCAACCUCCCAGAGGACGGAUACGACCCGCCAACUGGCCUAGCUGUCACAAUAGCCGGCUGGGGAUUAACGGAGACAGACGCUCCCGUCUUCAUCCUGCGGAAAGUGGACAUCAGCGUCAGGGACCGCUCCGCGUGUGUCUUCCCGAACGUCGGACGCGAAGUAACUCCGCGCAUGCUGUGCGCUGGAGAGACGGGAAAGAGCGUGUGCCAUGGUGAUUCUGGCAGUGCCCUGGUGAGCGGCAGCACGCAGGUGGGCAUCGUGUCGUGGGGGAGCGGCGUGUGCACCCUUGGUGGCGCCGUCUACGUCAACGUGGGCAACCUACGAUCCUGGGUAACCGGGAUCACAGGCAUCUGACAGCGAUGGCAGAAAAAACUGAAACUACCCUAGCCUACUCUUACUUACAUAACAGAAAUGUUACAAGGAUUUUCGAAAAAACUGUAUGUUCGUCACACUUUUUAGGCUACAGAAUCAUAAUCAUAUUUGCUACCUACUGGCAUUAAUAAAUUAAGUUUUCUUGUGGA